AUGGAGUUGGGAGGUGAUAGGAGCCUUUACCUUAGAGACACAUGGAGAGAUGCAAACACGAUCUGCGGUGUCGUCCCUAACAACCCAAGCUCGAGCGGGCUAUGGCCAUCCCCAAAGCUUCGAGAUCCUAACGCGAACAUUGAGUUCUGGAAUUACAUGUUCCCACAUGUUCAGAUCAUUUUCCUAAUCGUCACCGUCCUCUGGCAAUUCUUCCAUUUCUUCCUCAAACGCCUCGGCAUGAUUCGUUUCACUUCCCAUAUGCUUACUGGGAUUCUCUUAAGCAAGUCGUUUUUGACGGAGAAUACACCCGCGAGACAUUUCUUCUCAACGGAAGACUACAAAGAAACUGUGGUUGGUCUAGUGGGCGCGUGUUCCUACAUGAUGUUUUGGUUCUUGAUGGGAGUUAAAAUGGACUUGGGUCUGAUCCGCAACACCGGGAAGAAAGCCAUAACAAUUGGUCUCUCCUCGGUGUUACUCUCUAUAACGGUCUGCUCCUUUAUCUUCUUCGUCGUCCUAAGAGAUGUAGGAACCAAAAAGGGAGAACCCAUUUUGAGUUUCUUUGAAAUCAUCUUGAUCUACUUGAUCCAAUGCCUUUCGUCGUUUCCUGUAAUUGGAAACCUUCUUUUUGAGCUCAGGCUCCAGAAUUCAGAGCUUGGCCGUCUCGCUAUUUCUUCUGCAGUGGUCAGUGACUUCAGCACUUCCAUUCUCGCUGCGGUUCUCGCCUUCUUAAAGGAACUCAAGGACGAGAAAACUCGGCUUGGAUCCAUAUUUAUCGGAGACGUUAUAGUCGGAAACCGCCCUUUGAUGCGUGCAGGGACAGUGGUGGUCUUUGUUUGUUUUUCCAUACACGUCUUCAGGCCAUUGAUGUUCAUCAUUGUCAACAGAACGCCUUCUGGUCGUCCAGUGAAGAAUUUCUAUAUAUAUGCGAUCAUCAUUCUUGUCUUUGGAUCUGCCGUUCUUGCGGACUGGUGCAAGCAGUCUAUUUUCAUGGGACCUUUCAUCUUAGGUCUAGCUGUUCCGCACGGUCCGCCUUUGGGCUCUGCAAUCAUUCAGAAGUUCGAGCCUGCGAUUUUUGGUACAUUCCUUCCGUUCUUUGUGGCUACGUCCGCCGAAGAGCUCAAUAUUUCGACAUUACGUUCUUGGACUGAUUCCAAGAGUAUUUUGAUCAUCAUAUCUCUAUCGUUUCUUGUCAAAUUCGCUCUCACGACUCUCCCUGCCUUGUUUUUCCGUAUCCCUGCAAAUGACUGCCUUGCUCUGUCUCUUAUUAUGUCGUUCAAAGGCAUUUUUGAGCUCGGCGCUUAUGCUUUAGGAUUUCAAAGAGGGACUAUCCGGCCCGUGACCUUCACUGUUUUAUCUCUUUACAUCUUGUUGAACUCUGCAAUCAUCCCUCCGAUCUUGAGAUACAUAUAUGAUCCUUCGAGGAUGUACGCAGGAUACGAGAAGCGGAACAUGCUUCACAUGAAACCAAAUUCCGAGCUUAGGAUUCUAUCCUGUAUCUACAGAACUGACGAUAUCCGUCCCAUGAUCAAUCUCCUUGAAGCUACUUGUCCCUCAAAAGAAAAUCCAGUAGCCACUUACGUCCUUCACUUGAUGGAGCUCGUAGGACAAGCCAAUCCAGUUUUCAUAUCUCACCGUUUGCAAACCCGUAAAAGCGAAAACACGGCUUAUAAUUCGGAAGCCGUCACUGUCUCAUUCGACCAGUUCCACAAAGAUUUCUUUGGCUCUGCUUUCGUAAGCACCUACACGGCUUUAUCUGUCCCCAAGACGAUGCACGGAGACAUAUGUAUGCUCGCUCUCAACAACACAACGUCGCUAGUCAUCCUUCCCUUUCACCAGACUUGGUCCGCUGAUGGAACAUCCAUUGUUUCAGACAGCAACAUGAUCAGGAAGUUGAACAAGAGUGUCCUCGAGCUCUCUCCUUGCUCUGUCGGGAUCUUCAUUUACCGGAGCAUUACUUGCCGGAGAACAAUCCGAGAGACCGCUGUGAACUUCUCAUCUUACCAAGUCUGUAUGCUCUUCCUUGGAGGUAAAGACGACAGAGAAGCUUUAACACUCGCCAAGAGAAUGGGCCGUGACUCACGGAUAAAGGUUACCGUGAUUAGUCUGAUUUCUUCCGAACAGAAAGCCAAUCCAGUAAUGGAUUGGGAGCGAAUGCUCGAUUUAGAACAACUCAGAGAAGUGAAGAGCAACGGUCUAGCCGGUACAGACCUUUUCUUCUCGGAGGAAGUAGUGGAUGACGCGUCCCAGACAUCAGAUCUGUUAAGAUCUAUUGCAAAUGAGUAUGAUCUGUUCAUUGUCGGAAGAGAGAAAGGAAGGAAGAGUGUUCUCACUGACGGACUUGAGCAAUGGAGUGAGUUUGAGGAGCUUGGUGUGAUUGGAGAUCUAUUGACUUCACAGGAUCUUAAUUGCCAAGCUUCCGUGUUGGUGAUUCAGCAGCAACAACAGAUGAUUUAG